AUGGCCGACACAACCUCCCACGACACCGUCGGCGCGUCCACCCUCGCCACACCCCUCUUCAUGCCCUCCUCACCCCCUCCGCAUCCCGACCAUGGCGACAGCUAUUCGCCCAUCAGCACCAAAAGCCUCCGUUUCAGUCGUCGCGUCUCCACCCGGUCGGCGGACGACGGCGCGCGGUCGCCGAAAGAUCCCUCGCCGCGAUCCUCCAGAGCCUCAUCCCUCGAGCGCGCGGCCUUCGAAAUCGACGCUCGUCUAGCGCAGUAUACAGUCGACUUCAGCCAAUUCCCCAGCAACCAGGCCUUGGAUGAGGAGCCCCUGGGCGACCUGAAGCUGCCUCAUGAGGAGAACCUCUCCGACGUGGGGGGUCCGGACGAUUUCACGGCGAACAUGGAGAAGUACUUGAUGAGCGACGAUGAUACUAUGGACCAUAGACAUUUCGAUGCCGAUCGGCUGGAGCCCGAGUUGUUCGGCCCAGAGCCCGAGUCGGAACCGGAGCAUGACUCGGAACCGGAACUGGACCUGCAGGAGGGUGAGGAGGAGGAGGAGGAGGAGGAGUAUCCCCAGCCUCAGGCUCAACCGCAGCAUUACGCAGAGAAGGGACAGCCGCCACAGCAGGAGGAACAGCAACAGUCAUCUCAGUUGCAUCAGCCCGCAGUGGAGGAUGAGCCGGAGCUCGGCGAAUACAGCGAGUUCGGUCCGCCGGUCGACAUGUCCACGCCAUCGCAUCUCCUGCGCCGGGCUGGGGGACUGGCGAAAGAUGUCACCCACCUGGAGAAUAUCGAAGAAUACCCCGAUGCUGAGCUCGAAGCAACAACUACCACCCCCUCCGUUCGCAAACACAAAUGCACCUCCAGCAAGGGCGAGAAGGAUAUAACCGAGGAUCUGCGCAAACAGAUCGCAGAGCUCAAGAACGCGCUCCGGGAACGAGAUGAGCAACUGGAAAGAAAUCGCAGGCGGGUGCUGGAGGCUGCCUCGGCGGGGGAGCAAAUCAAGCACCUCCAAGGAGAAUUGCAGCGGAAGUCGACGCUACUCGAGGAACUCUACGCCAACCGCAGCGAUGAGGCUCUCCUCCGCCAGCAGAUCCACCUGCUCCAGAAACAGAACGACGAAAAGGAGUCCUUCCUACACAAGUCUACCUUCAACUCGUCCGAGCUGAGUACGCUCCAGAAACAGAUCAGCGACAUGCAGAAAGAGCUGCAGAGCCGCAGUACACCGGUAAAUACCGAUCUCGACACGGAGCGACUCGAGACGAUCGCCCACCUUCGCCAGCAGUUGGAUUCGGCCCAAGAACACCUGAAAACGCGCGAUGCUACCCUGGACCAGACGCUCGCAAGGCAGGAAUCGGACAAGGACUGGAAAGACCAGCAGCUCCUGGCGAAAAACACGGAAAUCGACGCACUGAAGGCCCAAGCCAGCAGCAAUCUGCUACGGGCCGAGAAGCUCCAAGCGGAGCUCGACCGCGCGAACCAAGCAUACCAGACCCUCGAGGAAAAACUCCUCACCCUCGAAUUCAAGAACCGCCCCCUGGAGGAGAAGAACAGCACGCUCGAAGCCGACCUCACCCGCGCUCAGUCGCAGGUCACCGCCCAAGAGAACGCCCUCAAGGCCAUGGCAGCCGAUCUUCCCCUCGAGACCGGCAACACCUACAGCGAAAUCCUCGAGCUCAUCAAAGACCUCGGCCAACCCACCACCAGGCGCACACCGGACCCUUUCUCUGUCUCCAAAGACAGAUACCCUGCCGACUCGGAAACCAAACAACUCCAAGACGAGAUCACGAAGCUCCAAGCCGACCUAACGGACGCAUGCUCCGCCAGAAAGACCCUCGAGGUGCAACUAACGCACUCCGAAAACCAAGCCACGGAAUCCCAAACCCUCAUUCAUUCCAUUGAGACCGAAAACACACGUUUGACCAAACGCGCCGACGAGCUCAAGUCCCACCUCGACAAGGCCCAGCACGAACUCAACCAAGUGAAAGACGAACGCACCCGGGCCCUCGAAACCAUCGCCCGCCUCACCAAGGAACUUGAAACCCAACGGCAACAGCAGCAACCUCCUCUACAACCUCCUCAACAACCCAGUCCACCCCCUACACCCCCGACCCCUCGCCAAACCGAUCCCUCCCCCUCCACCCUCGACAACGAACGCCUCCAAACCGAACUCCGCGCCCAACGCGUCGCCCACACCGCCGAACUGGCCAACCUGCGCGCCUCCCACGCCGCCUCGACUCGCGACCUCCAAUCCCUCCUCUCCGCCGCCGAACACCGCGAAUCCAAACUGAAAUCCCACCUCCUCGCCCACCGCGACCGCCACAACUCCCUCCGCGCCAGGAUCGAGUCCCUCGAGUCCCGCAUCGCGCGCUCCGUCGAAAAGCGCGAAAAGGAAUGGCAACGUCGCGUGGACCUGCUUCUCAAGGAGCGCGAACGCAUGAGUCGUGCCCUCAUGUGGUCGUGGGGCGAGAAGGAGCUUGGUAAUGGUAAUGGCAAUGGCCGUCGUGGUGGUGGUGAUGAUGAUGACGACAAGGAGAAUGUGAAUGUGAAUCUGAAUGUCGAUGAGAAGGGCCGUCGGAAACAGGCCUACCGGUAUAAAUUUGCCCAGGCGCAUGGACAUCCCCCGUCUCAGGUUUCGGGGAAGGUGGCGCAGUCGAAGAGGGGGUAG